AUGGCAACAACGAAAUCUCGAAAUUCGCUGUCACGUCGCCAGCUCACCGGGGUGCCAAGAGACGACUCCGAUGACGAACUCGGCACUGAUGAUAUCCCAUGGGAAUGGAUAUAUGAGGAGCCAGCUAAGUUCCAUUCCGAGGACAUUACCUCUAGUCACAAGAAAAAAGUCAGAGAUACACCAAGUGCAGGUCGCAAAAUAAUCGGAGCCCAGCUGGAAGGAUUUCGGUGUCUCGUCGGAGAGUGUGUAUUGCUGAAGGCCGAAGGGUUGAAAGAGGCCUGGGUAGCAAUCAUCUGCAGCUUUUUAGACCGCGAAGAUGGGGAAAAAGCAGCAGAGUUCAUGUGGUUUUCCACGGACAAAGAGAUUAUCACGAAGAAGAAGAAGCGAAACGACUACCUCCCACAUGAGCUCUACAUAACACCUUCAUGGGAUGUCAAUCCUCUCACCGCUAUUAAUGGAAAGGCGACGGUCUUAUCAUUCGAUAUGUUCCAACGACGGUAUCCAUUAGGCAGAGCACCCCGAAACUCCAAGGUCUUCAUGUGUCGCCGAGGAUGCAACACAAGAACAGCCAUCUUCACUGAAGAGUUUUGUUGGGAAGACAUUUUUUGCGGUACCGAGGAUGACAUCCACGGCUUGGUGCAAUACCUCCAAGCAAACACCAAAUCGACAAGAAGGCAACCUCCAGGACGUGACGAGUCCUCCAAGGAAUAUAACGUAGCCGUCGAUGAUUCUUCUGGUUCAGAACAAGAACGAGCGCAGAAGAAGCGCAGGAAAGACCCGCCGACGCCUCACUCCAAGAAGACUACAGCAACAACGCCAACUUCGAGCAGAAGGUUCAAGGUGAAGAGGGCAUUGCAGUUCACCCCUUUGGCAACACGCAGGCUGUCUCCUACCCAAUUAAAGUCAUCGCCAUUCCAACUAGCCCGAUCUCGACUGCAUGUCGCAUCGGUACCAACCAGUUUACCAUGCCGUGAGCAUGAGUUCUCAUCCGUUUACUCCCAUCUCGAGGCUGCGAUUAUUGAUGGCUCUGGCAGUUGUAUCUAUAUAGCAGGAACCCCGGGCACUGGGAAAACUGCUACCGUCCGUGAGGUUAUAGGACGCUUGGAGAGCUGUGUCAGGUCCGAUGAGCUCGAUGACUUCAUCUUUGUCGAGAUCAACGGCAUGAAGAUUACCGACCCUCACCAGUCUUAUAGUCUACUGUGGGAAGCUCUCAAAAGCGAGCGUGUCAGUCCAGUUCAAGCACUAGAUUUGCUUGAACAACGAACGCUGAGCAAUAAAAUAAGUAGUCGGCUGGGCCUCACAAGGAUCACAUUUCCGGGUUACAAUCAUGAACAACUGAUGAAAAUCAUUCAGUCAAGACUACAAGGUAUCCCAGGCGACCUCGUAGAGCCGGAUGCAAUCCAGUUCGCGAGCCGCAAAGUCGCCGCCGUCAGCGGCGACGCUCGGAGAGCUCUCGAUAUAUGCAGACGAGCAGUAGAACUUGCCGAAGCCGAGGCCCAACCUGUGCCCACAACUCCAAGCCACGGAUCACACAGACACGGAAACGAAGACAUCAAGACGACACAGCGCGGGGGCAGAGUUACCAUCGCCACUAUCAGAAGAGCUAUCAAUGAAGCCACGACUAACCCCAUCCAGCAGUAUCUCCGUUCUCUCGCUCUCGGACCACGAUUGUUGCUCUUUGCUUUGGUGGCACGAACGCAGAAAAGCGGAACAAGCGAUGCCACAUUUGGCGAUAUUAUGGACGAGGUACAACGUGUAUUGAGUCUGGCGUCUGGAAGCUUACUGCCAGCGACGCUCCAAGCAUUGCAAGGGUCGAUGCCUAUGGGAUCUGGCGGCGUCCGUCCCAGCCGCUAUACGGUAGUGACUGAACAAAUGUGCUUGCAAACUGGCGCAAUAGACCUCGCAGGUGCUGGAAUUAUCAUUUUAGAAUCGCAAAGGGCAGAACGUCCGUGCAAGUUGCGACUUGCAGUGGGAGACGAGGAGAUCAAGAUGGCUUUUAGAGACGAUGCAGAACUGAGGGCCAUGGGCGUUGGCUUAUGA